AUGGCAUCGUACCAGUACCGCAACAACCACCAGUACGAUCAGACUCGCCGGGACCAGCACACUCGUUCUAGCGACGGAACUGCCAGCACCACCUACAGCUCGUCAACAGGUCGCGAGUCUGCGGCCACAGAAGCCACGGAGCCUCCAACCUACUCCAAGAAGAUUGUCGUCGUCGGCGACGGCGGCUGCGGCAAGACAUGUCUUCUCAUAAGCUACAGUCAGGGAUACUUUCCAGAAGUAUGGCUCUCUCUUCCUCACCCUCUGCCAUGGACACAGACCCGAUCACAUGGAGACGAAAUGCUGACUGUUGACAAGAAAUACGUCCCUACCGUCUUUGAGAACUACAUUGCCUACCCGGUCCACUCCCCUUCCGGUAAGACGGUCGAGCUGGCCCUGUGGGAUACGGCCGGCCAAGAAGAGUACGACCGUCUGCGACCUCUCUCGUACCCCGAGACGGACCUGGUGCUCGUCUGCUUUGCUGUAGACUGCCCCAACUCUCUCGACAAUGUGUUGGACAAGUGGUAUCCCGAGGUCCUUCAUUUCUGCCCGUACACGCCCUUGAUCCUUGUCGGCCUCAAGACGGACCUUCGUCACAAGAAGACGUGCAUCGACAUGCUGAAGACACAGGGUCUCACCCCCGUCACCUCGGACCAGGGCAAGGCCGUCGCCACCAAGAUGAACGCCCAGUACAUGGAGUGCAGCAGCAAGGAGGCCAAGGGUGUCGACGACAUCUUUGAACGCGCCAUCCUCACCGUCGUCUCUAACGACCGUAGGAACCUCGAGUCGCCCUCUGGAGGCGGCGGAGGCGGUCGUUCUGGUUCUGGCCACGUCUCUAAGUCUUCGAUUCCCGGCGUGGGCAUCCCUAAGAGGAAAAAGAGAAAGUGUCAGUUUCUUUGA